CAUCUAAGAUGAAACCUUUGGAUUUGCAGAACAAGAAGAAGGAGAAGCAGAAGCAGAAGCAGCAGCAGCAGCGAAGGAAGCGAUUAUGUGGGCAGGUAUCGCUCGUGGUCGUCUUGCAGAGGAGAGGAAAGCUUGGCGUAAGAAUCAUCCCCAUGGUUUCGAUGCUAAGCCAGAGACGUUGCCAGAUGGGUCUGUGAACUUGAUGGUUUGGCAUUGUAUCAUCCCUGGGAAGUCUGGAACUGACUGGGAUGGUGGUUACUUACCAAUUACUCUUCACUUCAGUGAGGACUACCUGAGCAAGCCACCCAAUUGCAAGUUCCCACAAGGUUUCUUCCCCCCUAAUGUUUACCCUUCAGGAACUGUUUGUUUAUCGAUUCUCAAUGAGGAUAGUGGUUGGAGACCAGCCAUCACGGUGAAGCAAAUUCUUGUUGGGAUACAGGAUUUGCUUGACCAGCCAAACCCUGCUGAUCCUGCCCAGACAGACGGAUAUCACCUCUUCAUCCAGGUAUUCAGCCAGAAUUUUAUUUUAUUUGCAGAAGUUUUUCCCUAUAUUAUAAAAGCAUAG